GGAGACCGGGGCUAGUUGGCAGCAGGGGUAAGUUGACGAAUUGCGUUUAUCUGCAAAGUCUUUCAUCAAAAAGUGCCAAUAAUUUCAGGAAACCUUCUUAGUUGACCAUUUCAUCUUUCACUGUAGUAUUGUGGGGAUUUGCGCAUGCGCAUAAAAGAUAUUGUGAUUUAUGUGUUUUUUCCACAUUUUUGUAACUUUUACAACUUCUUUAUUUUUUCGAUUUUUAAAAGCAAUUUCAUCAAGUACAAGUAAACUUGAUUGGAGUUAUAUCUUGCAUGGUUCAGUAAAAUCUGUCCAACCAUUAUUUUUUAUUUAUAUACGUUUUUCAGGGAUCGGUAGGGGAGUUUGUGACCAAAUAGCUGUCGGGGUUAGUUGGCAAAAUUUUGGCGGGGCAAGUUGGCCGUAUAUAUCAACUAAACCCGGUUGCGAUUGGACAUAAAUUUUAACUUUUUCUAUAAAUUUUGAUUUAUUUUUUUAAAAAUCGAUUAGAUAGAUCACAUAUAUUACAUGCGAAACUAUAAAAGAAAAACAAAGAGGGCUAUAACUCCUCAAAAUGUUAUAAAAAAUGCUGUUGAUGCUGUUUUAUUAGAAGGAAAAUCUAUACGAAAAACAGCCAAAGACUUUAAUAUCCCUGAAAAAAGUUUGUCCCGAUACUGCAAAAAGCAACAACGUCAUAGUCAGCAAAUAUCAGGUUACAUAAAAUCUAGACAGGUCUUUACUGAUUUACAAGAAGGUCUAUUGGAACAAUAUGUGACUAAAGCUUCUGAUAUUUAUUAUGGACUUUUUCCUAAGGAAGUGAGGAAACUAGCUUAUCAGUAUGGAAAAGCGAAUAGCAUAAAAAUGCCUCAUAAUUGGAGUGCAAAUGAAGCAGCUGGAGAAGACUGGUUCAGUGCUUACCUCAAAAGGCACAAAAAACUGUCAAUAAGAAAACCUGAGGCAACAAGUCAAGCACGUGUUUCCAGUUUUAAUCCAACAAAUGUUCAAAAGUUUUACAACAAUUUACAAACUAUUCUUAAUCUUUUAAAGUUGGAAAAUGGAGAUAUUUGGAAUAUGGAUGAAACUGGUAUUACCACAGUUCAAACUCCAGAUCAUAUUGUAGCAAGAAAGGGUUUUAAACAAAUUGGGCGUGUUACUUCGGCUGAGAGAGGCAAUUUAGUAACUGUGGCAGUUGCUGUUUCUGCCAGUGGAAAUUCAAUUCCUCCAUUUUUCAUAUUUCCUCGUGUGAAAUUUAAAAGCUAUUUUUUAAAUGGUGCUCCUGAUGGAAGUGCAGGCACUGCAAACCCAUCUGGUUGGAUGACUGAAGUUCAAUUUUUGCAGUUUUCCCAUCAUUUUGUCAAAUAUGCCAGAAGUACAAAAGAACGACCUGUUUUGUUGCUAUUAGACAAUCAUGACUCUCAUCUUUCAGUAGAGGCUUUAGAUUACUUUAAAGAAAAUGGGGUAUCGGUUUGUUCAUUUCCUCCUCAUUGCAGCCAUAAACUUCAACCUCUAGAUCGAAAGUACAGUGCUAAAUAUAAGUAAUGUAAUGGAUGUUGACUUUACAAUAUCUGAGAAUGACAUGUUAAAUGCUGGUUGCUCAAAAGAUAUAGAACCACGUCAAGAUAUUUCAUAUUCAAGCAGUAAUGAUGAACACAGUGCAUCUACAGAGUCAACUGUAGUUCUAUCGCCUGAAGAUUUAAGACCAUUCAAAAAAGCUGAACCAAGAAAAAGAGUUAGGGCUAAUAAAAGAAGUAGAACCACAUCAAUUUUAACAGAUUCACCAAAUAUGAAUGUUUUAAAAAUAGAGAAAGAAUCAGCUAAAAAGAAAAAGUUAGCAAUUGAAGAGAGAAAACAAGCAAAAAAGUUAAACGAAGAUAAUAUUAAGAUGAGUAAAAGAUCAAAUAGUAAAGGAAGUUUACACUUAAUGGAGAAAAGUUUGAAUUGUCCAAAUAGCUCUGUUGUAGAGGAGUGUUUUUGUUUGGUUUGUGUUGGAAUGUUUUCUAAAAGUAAAGCAGGGGAAGUUUGGGUUCAAUGCACCCAAUGUCACCUUUGGGCUCACGAGUCAUGUAUAAUCGGAAAAUCUUUGUUUUUCAUUUGCAAUAAUUGCUGCUAGCCGAUAUGAAACUCCAUUAGUUAAAAAUAUUCAUGUAAUAAAACAAUAUAAGUUUUAAUUCUUAUUGUAUAACCAUAAAUUGGGAACACUGUUUUGUUUUGUCACUGUA